CUCUUUCUCUCUCUCUCUCUCUCUCUCUGUGUGUGUGGUGGGGAAACAGUGAUGGUGGUGAAGGUUUACGGUCCCGAUUAUGCAUCGCCGAAGCGAGUCAUGGUUUGUCUGCUCGAAAAAGAAAUCGAAUUCGAGACGGUGCCCGUCGAUCUCAUCACCGGCGAAAAUCGAAGUCCUGAGUUCAUGAAAUUACAGCCGUUUGGAUCUCUUCCGGUCAUUCAAGAUGGAGAUUACACUCUCUUCGAAUCACGAGCCAUAAUCCGUUACUAUGCUGAAAAGUACAAGUCUCAAGGAACCAACUUGUUGGGAAAGACAAUCGAAGAUCAAGGUCUAGUGCAACAAUGGCUAGAAGUCGAGGCUCACAACUACCACCCACCGCUUAACAAUCUCGUUCUCCACAUAUUGUUCAGCUCGGUUCUAGGGUUCAGGAGAGACGAGCAGGUGAUCAAAGAAAGCGAGGAGAAGCUGGGGAAAGUUUUGGACGUAUACGAGGAUCGGCUAUCGAAGAGCAGGUAUUUGGCUGGAGAUUUCUUCAGCCUUGCAGACCUUAGCCAUCUUCCAUUUACAAGCUACUUGGUUGGAGGUGUUGGGAAGGAAUAUAUGAUCAAAGAAAGGAAACAUGUGAGUGGUUGGUGGGAUGAGAUUAGCAGCAGGCCUUCUUGGCAAAAGGUCCUCCAGCUUUUCAAGACCCCAUUUGAAUAAAUCUUUUUUCAUAAUACAUGAAUAAUCUAUUAUAAAAAUGCACAACUUUUUGACAGAAGUUUGAGGCAUUCUUAUUUUAGAAAGUAACAUUCUAGAAUUUGUCAGAAGGUUAUUUGCCCAAUAUUAACGAUAAAUAAUGAUCUCUUGUUUGUUAGAAGAAGACUUUGAUUUCGGUUUC